AUGAAGUUCUCGUCCAGCUUCUUCAAGUCCGUCCUGCUGGCGAUCGUGUUCGCUACUAUUGUUUCUGCGGCCCCCUUCAUGGGCAGCUUGAAGCACACUAGCACUCGAAAGCACUCGAUCCGUGACCUUGUCGUCGAGAGCUUCUACCCUGAAUCCUCGUUCGAGACUUUCGGUGUCGAGGGCAUUACACACCCACUCUCGGCUCGGGACGAGUUCGAUGUCAAGGCAGCGACCGUGUCCUUCAUCCAGUCCCGCCUCAACGUGCACCCCGACACCGUCAGCUUCAGGACAAGCUUCGAGAACGACGUAGCGCACCACGCUUACGUUGAACAGCAAGUUAAUGGCGUCACCAUCGCCAACGCCGUUGCGAACGUGGCAUUCAACAAGGCGAACCAAGUCGUAUCUUUCGGCUCUUCAUUCGUUAACUCAACUUCCGUCCCGUCGACCACGCCCUCCGUUUCCCUGGAGGAUGCGAUCUCCACGGCCGAGAGCCAGCUCUCGGGCAAGUUCAACGAGCACCCAGCCACGCUCGAGUUCGUUGCGAAGAAGGACGGCUCGCUCGCCCUCACGCACGUCGUCCAGAUCCAGAACGACGAUACCGGCGCAUGGUACCAGGCGUUCGUGGAUGCGCACUCCGGCGAGAUCGUCCAGCUGACAGACUUUGUCGCGAAAGCUUCGUAUCUCGUGCUCCCGAUCACCAAGGAGGUCCCGACGGACGGCUUCGAGGUCGUCACCGACCCGCAGAACAUUGCCGCUUCUCCUGCGGGGUGGCACAGCGACGGCACGACCACCACGACCGUCACCGCUGGAAACAACGUCAUCACGUUCAAGGGUCUGCAAGCGAACACGACCACUGAGUCGUCGGCUGUGCUCAACUUCAUCAAUCCGCAGGACUCGACACAGGCACCCACCGCGCAGGUGAAUAUCGACGCGGCGCGCACAAACACGUUCUACAUCGUGAAUACCGUGCACGACAUCUCGUACCUCUACGGGUUCACGGAGCCGAGCUUCAACUUCCAGAGCAACAACUUCGGCAAAGGCGGCGCGGGCAACGACCGCGUCACUGUAUCUGUACAGGACGCCGCCGGGGUCAAUAAUGCUGACUUCGCGACGCCUCCGGACGGUCAAUCUGGACGCAUGCGGAUGUUCCUCUGGACUCUCACCAACCCGUUCCGCGACGGUGCACUUGAGAACGACAUCGUUGUGCACGAGAACACGCACGGUAUCACGAACCGGCUGACUGGCGGUGGUACUGCAGCUUGCCUGGUCACACUGGAGGCCCAAGGCUUGGGAGAGGGAUGGUCCGACGCGUUUGCGGAGUGGACGGAGCAAAAGGACGCGACGAUCCCGGACUACAUCUUGGGCCAGUAUGUCACCAACAACCCCGCCGGAAUCCGCAGCCACCCGUAUUCGACGGACCCGGCUGUCAACCCCCUGAGGUAUUCGAGCCUGCAGACGUUGUUUGAGUCGCACGCCAUCGGGGAGGUCUGGGCCAAUAUGCUCCACAAUGUGUACGCUGCUCUCGUUGGCGUACACGGCUUCUCGGCCACAGCGCACACCGACGCAACGACGACCGGCGGCAACACCGUCUUCCUCCACAUCUUCUUCGAUGCGCUGUCCCUGCAGCCGUGCAACCCGACCUUCCUGACGGCGCGUGACGCGUGGAUCCAGGCGGACGCGAUCCGCUUCGGCGGGGCGAACUUCUGCACGCUCUGGACGGCAUUUGCAUCUCGUGGCCUCGGUGUCAACGCUGCGAACCACCAGGACGACUCGUCUGUCCCGGCUUCGUGCCCCUAG